GGCUAAAAUCCUCCUCCUCCUCCUCCUCCCCCUCCGCUGCUUCCCUCCAAAUCCAACCAAAUUUCACCCGAAGAUUCCUCCGGCGAAGCGAACCUGACCAGAAAUUGACCCCCGAGGAAAGCUCGAUCCCGAAGACGGAUCAAGAGUUCAAGACCCAGACUGAAGCCGGCGAUGGGAAUCCCCGUCCGAUCUCUCCUCGUCGCGUCGCUCGUCCUCAGCUCGAUCGCCCUGCAUGUCGCGGCGGCCAGGAGCUUGGAUCCCUACAAGGUUCUUGGGGUUGACAAGAGUGCCAGCCAACGGGAUAUUCAGAAAGCCUUUCAUAAGCUUUCUUUAAAAUACCAUCCUGACAAGAAUAAAGGCAAAGGGGCACAGGAAAAAUUUGCAGAAAUAAACAACGCCUAUGAGAUUCUGUCUGAUGAAGAGAAGAGGAAAAAUUAUGAUCUCUAUGGAGAUGAAAAGGGUAACCCAGGAUUUGAUGGUGGAAAUUUUGGAAAUCGUGAGGGCUAUACAUAUUUCACUGGUGGUGGCCCCAAGACUAGCUAUUUCACAUCUGAUGAUGGAUGGCAAACAAUGGGCGGUCAGGGAAAUACAAAAACAUUUUCCUUUUCAUUUGGUGGUAACCCUGGUGCUGGUGGUGGAAACCCAUUUGGUUUUGAUCUUGGUGAUGUUUUUUCCAACUUAUUUUCUGGUGGAUCAAUGGGAGGUAGCCAGCAUACUGGAUCUGCUGGCAAAGCCAGACCUGGUGCAAAAUCUUCCAGUCAUGAUUCUAGUUCUGUCAACAUUCAGGAGGUCACGAUGCAAAUUUUCAACAAAGAAAUAGCUGAUCAGGGAAUUACUUGGCUUUUGUUAUUCUAUACACCAAACACAAGAGGUCAAUCUGUGCUAGAAAGUGUUGUGGAGGAUGUGGCUCGUUCACUGGAUGGUGCACUGAAGGCUGGUAAGGUAAACUGUGACCAUGAAAAGGCCCUUUGCAAGAAGGCUGGUGUCUCAAUAGGAAAAUCAGCUCGUCUCUUUGUUUAUUCAUACACAACUACAGAAAAGGGGUCUUUGCAUGAGUACUCAGGAGAUUACGAUUCUAAGAGCCUGAAGACAUUUUGUCAAGAACACCUCCCAAGAUUUUCCAAAAGGGUAGACAUCAACCAAUUCAGCUUCUCCUCAAAUAUUAUACUGAACCUUCCUCAAGUGCUUCUACUAUCAGCUAAGAAGGAUACACCAGCAAUGUGGCGUGCUGUUAGUGGAAUGUUUCGCAGUCGAUUAAUUUUCUAUGAUGCAGAGGUUCAGAAUGUUUCUCAUCCACUCCUAAAACGUCUUGGGGUGAGGAAUAUUCCAGCUCUUAUUGGUAGGUCCAUUAAUGGCGAGGAACAACUUCUGAAGGAUGGCAUUUCAGUUAAAGAUCUCAGAUCUGGUAUCAAAGAACUGAAGAGUCUGCUCGAAAAUUUUGAAAAGAAGAAUAAGAAGCUGGGGUCAAACCAAGCUAAGAAACCUACUCAUACAAAUCAACCAAAAGAAAACAAAAUUCCUCUCCUCACUGCUUCCAACUUUGAGGAAAUUUGUGGUGAGAAGACAUCAGUAUGUAUCAUUGGCAUUUUCAAAUCAAACAAAGCUAAGGAAAAGCUGGAAACCGUCCUAUCCGAGAUAUCUCAGAAGACUCUGAUAAGGGGGCAGAACUACAACUCUGGGAAUGCGGUUGUUUAUACUUUGCUGGACGGGAACAAACAGUCCGCCUUUCUGUCGACGUUUGACAAGUCGGCAUUCAAGUCGUCUGAUACACUUCUUGCCUACAAGCCUCGACGGGGGAGAUAUUUUGUGUAUAAUAACGAGGUCACUAUGGAAGAGGCUGAACGGUUCGUGGUUUCUGUUUUGAAUGGAGAUGUUCAGUUGUUAUCAGCCGGACGAAAACCAGUCCUUAUGUAGGGUACAUAGGCUACCGCUGCAAUUGCAAACGUUAGUUUUCUUGGGAGCGAAUGCAAGUAGAAAGUAUAUAUAGUUCUUACAGUUUAGUAAGUCCUGAAGGCUUGUACAUAGCUGGAUCUGAUUGGAAUGAUGAGAGUAAGAUGUAUAAUUUCGCCCUUUGCAGUCGGGCACCUUUUUGUUGUGUCAUGAGCUGGAAUGCACUAACAUGGGAGAGAUCACUUGACCUGUAAGUGUGUCUGUGUAUAUCAAGAUGCGGAAAACAGGAACGGAGAAAUUUCACAGAAAUUUUGCCGGAAUUGAACUAAGUUUCGAACAGUGGGAACCUUGAUGUGCCUCUUUUCCU